AUGACAGAAGAAGUCCCAUCAGCAUCUGGCAUGCCCGAGUGCAACGGGAGUGUAACCCUGGAGAAAGACCCACUCCAGGUCAUUGGUGAAAUAGCAAAAUCGGUUGGAAUGGUCCCUUGCACAAAUGCAGAAACGAGCCCUGAUGAUGCUCCACCUGCAGAAGAAAACCAGGGGGAAAACAGAAAUUCACUGGCAGAGGACACAAGUCAUGGGGAUUUUGAUGAAGAGAAGCAAUGCAAAGAGGAGCGAGAGGAAAACGAUGGGACAGUACAGCAGGGAUCAGCUGAUAUCCAGAACACGGGGACUGAUGGCCAGGAAUCAGAGGAAGGGCCAGGCAGCAAAGGGCUGCCUGUGGGCAGCAGGGAGCCAGUGAUGGGGAUGGCAGCCAGCACUGUCGUGGAAGCAGCAGAGACCCUCGCAGCCAGCACCGAUGGGAGGGGAAAUGCCACUGAGGAGGAGGAGGAGGAAGAGGUGGAGGACGAGGAGGAUGAGGAGGAUGAGGAGGAUGAGGAGGACACUGAAGAGGAUGAAGUUCAGGUGAUCGAAAUCAAGAAGGAGAACAGCAAUACAUCCCAUCUAAAGCAGUAUGACAGUGGCAAAGAGGCAUCUCCCUUGACCACUCCUGGAUGCAACUCCCCUGUGGAGAAACCAGGGGAGCAGCUCAGCCUGGGGAAAAAAAAUGAUAUCUCCAGACAUAGCUAUUCUAGGUACAACACAAUCUCCUACCGGAGGAUUAGAAAAGGAAACACCAAACAGCGAAUUGAUGAAUUUGAAUCCAUGAUGCACUUAUAAACUGAAAUGGAGAAUGCUUAACGAGCCGAGUGUUCACUCUGGUUUUGAUUUUCUUGUUUGUUUCCCCCAAGGCAUGUCUCUCCACACAGCAUGAGG